AUGCUCCACAGUAUUUUGAAUCUCGACCUCCGAUCAUCACUUUAUCGCUACGCACUCCGUCAUUCAACCUUGAAGGUCAUGAUGCGCCCUCCGAUCCAGCUUUCCUCCUUCUGCUCGUGGUCUGUCGGAUGAAGUCGGUGCAGGACACCUUGGAUUUUCACAGCUCCAAGCCUCGCUGUUCUGUGCCUAUCACGACCUCCAGACAAGGACGUGGUGUAGUUGUCUUGCUAACUACAGUGUCACGAACCACCAAUCGAAAUCGAAAACCAAUCUCACCGAGACGGAUCACAGUAUCGACAAGAUCGACUAUUUGCGGCUAUAUACUUGUUACAGCAUAGCACGCGACGAAGGACUAUGGCACCCAAGAAAGGAGUAAGCAAGAACCUUGCAGCUGGGCGUCCGCCCAUGGCUACGCGACCUAAGAAAAAGGGAGUGGUCAAAAACCUGGCAGCAGGCCGUCCGCCCACGGUCACAAAGCCCAAGUCACUUGCGCGGAAAACCACGAAAUCCAUCAUCAACAAACUCCAUCUCCUAGAGAAGAGGAAGGUGCAGGCUAUGAAGAAGAACGAUAACACACAGGUCGCGGCAAUUGAGGCGGAGAUCGAGGCUUUGGGUGGUAUCGAGAAAUAUCAGGAAGCAAGUCUCCAGGGGCAGAGACAUGACCGAGGCGGCGACAGCUCCAACGUGCUCAUGGAGUGGGUUGGGCCGUACCUCUCAUCCGAGGAGUAUAAGGAAGGCCGCUUGCGCAUGCUGGAAGUUGGAGCGCUGAGUACAAAGAACGCAUGUGCUCAAAGUAACCAUUUCGACAUCACUCGGAUCGAUCUCAACAGCCAAGAGCCUGGGAUUCUUGAGCAGGACUUCAUGGAGCGCCCGUUGCCGAAGGACGAGUCGGAGAAGUUUGACAUCAUCAGCCUUUCUUUGGUGCUCAACUUUGUCCCAGACCAUAAGGACAGAGGCGAGAUGCUGGUCCGCACGACACAAUUUCUAACAUCGCCGAAGCGGUUCUCCGGGACAACCGCUGCAUUCUUUCCAAGUUUGUUCCUUGUGCUACCGGCCCCAUGCGUCACCAACUCGCGAUAUCUGGAUCAAGAGAGGUUAGCGGCUAUUAUGGAAUCGAUCGGGUACGAGAUGGUGGAAUCCAAGACAACCCAACGGCUGGUCUAUUACCUGUGGAGGAGAACAUCAGAUCAGGUUGGAAACGACAGGCCGUUUCGCAAGGAAGAGCUACGUUCUGGCUCGUCACGCAACAACUUUGCCAUUACCUUGGUCUAAGGUUUGCGAACCAUUCGAACGCACACAAUCGAGAUCAGUCACGACAUCUAACAAUAAGUCACUCGACUCGACCGUUGUUGGGAGCCGAUAGAUCGGAUGACCACAACAUUGGUGUUCUCAGUCAUAUCGGGAGUGGGAGUAUGUCGCCGUUGAGGAUGACGACGUCCCAUAAUUCACUCGGGAGCUGACGACCUUGUACGCCUCCUUGAAGAAAUUGACGUCACGAGAAAGCCAUAGGAGAACUUGAAGCGGUCGAUUAGGAUCUUGUGGAUUUGGUCGUUGCCUGUCUGGUGUCCCAAUAUGAUUUCAGACCGACAUGUCAACCGCGCAGAUGGGCGAUUUGGGAACGGUACGGGGAACCACUUUCAAGAGAGUUCCAUGACCUCAAGCUGGCAUCCGAGUCCGGUCUUUUCGGUUAAAGAGCACGGUGAUGGUAGCGGAAGUAUCAGAGGCAACUACAUAAUGGUAUGGCAAGAGGAAGGUUAUGGACGACCGUCUGAACGCGGAGGAAUGUCGUCGUUGGCGAAAUUACCUCCCGCUGCCUACACUUUGCUACCGCAUCAGGUUGAAGGCCCCUUCUCAAAGCAUUUCUUGGCUUUGAUCCGCUCUUCUUUCAAGGUCAACAGCGGGACUGUUCGAUGAGUGUAUUUCUACGGUGUUUCCGGCCCACCUGGCGGGCAAGACAUUCCCCAGGUCUCGGGCGCCCCGCCCCGGAUAUGCCAACGUGUCGGCGGAUCGAGAGUCAGACAGCUGCACCUAUCCUUGACAGCGAAAGCUAUUUCCGGUGUAAAACUGUCUUUGUCCAGUUGGGCUACCGCCCACCGAACAUACUGAUAUCAUGAUCAUACGUAAUGAUCCCAGAGAUAGGAUAGACCAUAUGGCCCGCCGGACGCCAACAUACACAGUCUCAUCUUCGCUCCGCCGCUCCGCAUCUUCCGGCCCGCGCUUCGCUGCCAGGAACUGCAGAUAGGACCAACUUUCGCAAACAAAUCAUAGAGCUUUUGCUUACGCUGCCCUCCCUUAGUACCUUUUCUUCCGACACGCCGCUCCCAUCGUGACCUUUGGUGCACCGUGCUCUGCCAAAUCGACGAAGGACUAUUAAAGGCUAGGACGCAUCGUUGCAUGAAAUCAUGCAUCACCGAAACCUCUCGUGAAAUUAGCAACCAGCCAGUGAUCAACACAUGGAACCUCCUCGACCUAUCUGCCGUCUUGCUCAUUCGUUCCAACCUAUCGCCGACCUAUCACGACCCCAACAGACUGAGUCGAGACUUGUCAAUCACGGCGCACUACUGCUUACCCCGCAACCAAGAAAACUGGGCUAGGUAAUGUAUUACCUAGCCAGCCAGCUGAAGUGGACGCCAAUGCACUACCAUCUGUCACCUGUGCACAUGGACACCUCUUCCGCGGCAAAGAUGUGAUGAUGUGAGGGAUGCGGGACGCGUGCUUUGGGUUUCAUGGAAAAGGCGGUGGGCAAAUGUCCUGCAUCGUCAGGUAGUCUUCGGCGCCUGAUUCCGAGCUCGCCUAACCCAAGUGCAAAAGUCCGGAAGAACGGACGAUUGAUACGUGGUAUUGGGAUUGAAGAUGAUUAGAGACGAGAUAUCUAUUGUGAUCUCGAGGCUUCAAUGCCCAGUCAAGUUUAUUGCGUCCUUCUCCGGAUGGACGUGGACGCAAGGGGAAGCUUUCGAAGUCCAAUGCGGAGUAAAACGCCGAGCGGCCUCUCAUUCGUCUAACUCGGACGACCUUGAUAGUCAAAGACCACGACUGAUAGGUAGUUUCGUAGUAUUCUCUCAUUCGGGGACAUUUUCAUCAAUACGUUUCGCUUACCAUGCGGAGGACAAUGAUUUACACUUUCAACCUCCUUCUACACAAAAUCAUUGACGUCUCCGCGCCGUCCAGCCACUCGUUUGUCAGUGCGGAAUCAACAAGUCAACCCACUCUUGUCCCGAAACCAACCACCGCAGAUCCGGUAACUUGCACAAUGUAGCAUUUAUCUCGCGAUACACUACCUCGAGGCUAUUUGGGAUAAACAAUUGGAUCGACGCCGUCACGCUAGUCUCUGUGUGGAGCCUAUCGGUGGUGGCUUUGCUAGUGAAAGAUGGGGAAAUUCUUGGUGAUCUCGGCAACUACCUCACUUCGAACUAUGUAGCCAGGCUAUGUGAUAAAAAGUCCGGACAUGCUUUUACCAAACCAGAACCAGUGAGGGUACGGACCUUUUGUCACUCCACCUGGUAGCCUAACUCCGCAGUUCCGUAGACUCUUGGGGAUAGCCGUCGACGGACUGAAGCAAAA